AUGCCUAGCGAGGAAGAGCUUCUGGUGAGGCACCAGCGCAAGUUUGCCGUGUACGAGGAGUAUCUCCGCACGGACACCAAGGCACCGCUGCAGUUGACGCAGCCAAUCUCACAGUACCACGAGCAGCAGCGGCAGCACCGGACGUACGUAAGCAAGACCGUACUAGUCAUGCACCAUGACGGUGGACGCGAUGACGGUGACCACAACGAGGAACUUGUAGAGUGAUUGUACGAUAAGGCCGGACACGCAAGCCCAGCUGUGCAGGCGCCAGCGGCGUCAAAGGCUUCCACAACGUCAACAGCUGCCGUGGCUCGAGCCAUCGCAGCGCAUGGCAGUCUGUUGGGACCCACACAUUAUCAUACGAACUUUCGCACCGCUACUCCACCGUCGCUGCAGCAACGCUCCACCUCUUGGCUGCUGUGUAAGAAGCACACCACUGCAGCGACGACGUUGGCAACUCGUCGUGACACCUCUGCUAGCGAGUUCGGUAACAUCGACUACCUUAUCGGCGAACGACUGCUCUCGGCGGAGCGAUACCGGCUAGCAUCGACGCCGGACGCCAUAUACAUGAAGUCAUAGGCGUGGGCUCUGCAACCCAGUAAGAUGUAUGGCGCGCUGUGUCGCGAGCAGGAAGACGCGGCGAUGAGGGAAUGCACCUUUUGGCCAAAUCGUGGACCCGCAGCGCUGAAUGACGCCUGUGAUGCGGAAGACGCGUCAAACGGUAACAGCGGCCGCAGCCCUGCCGCCGAGACGGCGGAGGUCUCUGUGACGGAAGUCUCUGGCGUCUCGUAGCACCUCGAGCGGGUAGAGGAGGGGCGUAGGCGCCGCCGGGAGGCAGCGGCACGCCUCAACGGCAGCAGCGCACAUCGCUGGACCGGUCUGCCCACAGAACCGCAGGAGUUUCAACUGGGAGCCCCAGCUGCCGAACCCAUUCCGUCACUGUGUAAGCCCUACAUGCCGGAUCUCAGCUGUGGCGGUGGUGGCGGCCCACCUGCCACUUCGGUGCAGAGAUACGCGCGAGGAAAGACUGUAACGCGAGCGUUAGCGGCGCACCGUUCUGCGCAGAGGCAACGGCUCUUCUCGUCUACGCCUUCGCCGGAUGGCAGGAACCGUCGCGGCAGCAGCGUACCGGUGCCGUCGCUCAAAACGCCUCAUGCGGCGAAGCGCCGAGUGAAGGGUAAGCCGGAGAAGCCGCGACGUCAAGAGGGCCAACCUCAGGCGGAGCAGCCGCCCACCUCCUCCACUGCACUCAUACCGGAUGGAGAAAAUGACGUGCCAUCCACUGCGGAGCCCCAGAUUCUGUUCGUCGGCGUGGGCACGUAA